GACAAUGUCAAGUGUUAGUUGUAAUCAAACAAAUACAGCGCAACAACAUUUAUUUCCCACUACUAUUGUGGCGGCUACAAAAAUGAUGAAAUAUCCCCACAUACAACCCCAUCCCAUAGCGGAGGAUGGCCAAGCGCGUAAAGUGCCGGCAAAUUGUCCAGCUCCUUACAAUCCCGAUCAAACUCAAUCGGUUUUACGCCGCAAUGCUCGCGAACGUAAUCGUGUUAAACAAGUGAAUAAUAGUUUUUCGCGUCUACGCCAGCACAUACCACAAUCCAUCAUUGCUGAUCUAACCAAGGGCGGUGGACGUGGUCCACAGAAAAAGAUAAGUAAAGUGGAUACUCUGCGCAUAGCAGUUGAGUACAUCAGAAGAUUGCAAGAUCUUUUGGACGACCUAAAUGGUGGCAGUUCAACACAACCACAGCAACAGUAUGAAUCUCAAGCUAACGGACACUGUGAUUCAGCCAGUAACAGUUCCUUCAGCAGCUCAUCAUCAACAGGCUCUUCAUCGCCUUCAUCCUCAUAUACCAGCACAAAUACUCCAGUCUACUAUACCCAGCCUUCAAGUCCUCUGCCUUCCCUAAUGGAUGCCAAUCUACAAGUGUCACAUUUAAAUAAUCCCUACAACAACAGCACAACUCUACUGUCACCAGUGUCACUAAAUUCCUAUUCCCCACCUCACAAUCAGGCUGCUCCAUUGGAGAACAUCGGCUCCCAUUCGCCCUCUUCAUCCUUCAACUCCAGCUUAUCCUAUGACUCGCCAAAUUUCGAGCAACCUCAACAUCAGCAACCUACAGUCCAAGAAUUGCAACAACAUUUCCAGCAAAAUCAACAAACCACUCCUCCCCAUUUCGAUGGCAACUUACAAUUGAAAUUCGAACCUUAUGAUAAUUUUACACUCGAUGAGGAGGAUUGCACACCGGACGAUGAGGAAAUUUUGGAUUAUAUUUCUUUGUGGCAAGAACAGUAAGAGGAAUGGAAAUUAGUUACCAGCUAUCCAGACAUAUUAAGACUGCUAAAAUCAUAACAAAACUCAAUAAUUUAAAUUCAAAUCAGGGAUUUCUAUUUUGUUUGCCAGUGUAUAAAAUAUUUUUAUAUAAUUUUUUUAAAUGUUUUAUAAAUCUAGUCAAAUUUUUUUGAUAAUUUUGUGUGAAUGUGUAAAAUUUUAUAAAAUAAUCAUUUAAAUAUCUCAAGUGCCUUUAAUUAUUUUGAUGUAAAUAAUUUAGUUUAAUUUUAUUUAAUUAUAUUUUUUAGCAUUAAGUAGUUUAUUAAGGAAGACAAUGAUUUAAAAAUUUUAAUAUUUUUUUAUACAAUAUUUUUUAAGGAAGACUCUAAACUUUUUAGUUUUUAAGAAUUUUUAUUAGUGUAAGAAAAAACCCCAAAUGUUAAUUAGUUUUAUAAGAUAAUGAUACAAAAAAUAUAUAAACUAAAAUAUUUUUUAAACAAAAAAACAAA